AACAAUUGGUAUCAGAGCAAGGGCUCCAAUUUGAAGGUUUAACCACCUAGGAGUUUAUCAAGAAUGGCUCAAUUUCAAGCUUCUCAACCAAUUGAAGGUUUGUCCACCGCUAAGCCUCUUUUCUUUGAUGGUACCAAUUAUAAUUACUGGAAGAAUAUGAUGAAGGUCUUCAUGCUUGCAAAUGAGCCCAAGGCAUGGAUUGUGACUAUGAAAGGUCCAUAUGUGCUUAUGAAAGUUGUUGGAGAAAGUGAGGUGCCAAAGGAAGAAAUUAAAUGGAAUGAUGAAGACUUGGGGAAGAUCAUGAUCAACAACAAAGCAAUCAACAUGCUCCAAUGUGCUCUCAAUCCAACAAAAUUCAAUAGAGCAUUUGAGUGUGAUAUGGCUAAAGAGAUAUGGGACAUGUUAGAAACAACACAUGAAGGAACAAGCCAAGUGAAGGAGUCAAAAAUCAAUAGACUUAUUCACAUGUAUGAGCUUUUCAAGAUGAAAUCAAAAGAGAGCAGUCAAGAUAUGUAUACAAGAUUGAAUGAUAUGGUCACCAAUCUCAAGGCUCUUGAAAAAGAGUCUAGGGAUCUCAAUACUCUCAAACUUGAUGAUCUUAUUGGAAACUUGAUGACAUAUGAGAUUGAUGUUCAAGUUAAUGGUGGUGUUGAAGUAGUUGAGAAGAAGAAGGAUGUUGCAUUCAAGGCUAGCAAACAAAAACAAGAAAGUGAAGAUGAUGCCAGUGAUGGUGAAGACAUCUCCACCUUGAUCUCUAGAAAAGUGAGAAGAUUCAUGAAGGAGAAGAACUUCAAGAGUAAAUUUGCAAAAAGAGAUGAAGGAGAGGCUAGCAAAAAGAAUGUGAAGUGCUAUGAAUGCAACAAGAUAGGGCAUUAUAGAAAUGAAUGCCCUCAUUUGAAGAAGGGUGAGAAGAAAGACAAAAAGAUCAUGAAAAAGAAAGCUUUUGCCACCACUUAGAGUGAUGAUGAGAGUAGCUCAACGGAAAGUGAAAGCUCCUUGGAGAAUGGUUUGGCAAAUCUUUGCUAAAGAAAUGUUCAUUACCAUCCCUCUACUAAAGAAAUGUUCAAUGUCAUCCCUCUACUUUUCUUUCACAAUAAAUGUUAUCCCUCUAC